AUGAGGGCCUUCAGCGUUAUUUCUGCUCUUUAUGGGUGCAUGCUUGGUGUUGCGAAGGGCGAGUUGGUUACCCACGACGAAACCUUCGUGCCCGACCAUGUACUGCGAGUCACGAAGCAGAACAUCUCAGUGGCCUGUGAGCACCGCAUGUCCGUGGUCAUCAACGGCACGUCUCCCGGUCCGACGCUGCGCCUCAAGCCCGGAAAGUCGACAUGGAUCCGGGUGUACAAUGACAUGAGCGAUAGCAACCUGACAAUGCACUGGCACGGCCUUGCGCAGAGGUUUGCCCACUUCUCCGACGGCAGCCCGCAGGCUUCGCAGUGGCCCAUCAAGGCCAAGCACUUCUUUGACUACGAGGUGGAGACGGAGCUGGACGAUGCCGGCACCUAUUUCUAUCACUCGCACAUCGGCAUGCAAGCCCUUACGGCUUCCGGCGCACUGAUUGUCGACGACUGCGCGAAGCCGCCCUACGACUACGACGAGGAGCGCAUCCUGUUCUGGAACGACUACUUCAACAAGACGGACGAGGUUCUCGAGGCCGGUCUGGUGGGUGUCCCGUUUGUCUUUGGAGGGGAGACCAAUGCUGUCCUUCUCAACGGGAAGGGGAUUGGCAUUGGGCACACUGCCAACGAAACGGACAAAGGCGCCUGCGAGCCGCCGGUGAUCGACGUGCAGCCAGGAAAGACGUAUCGCUUCCGCUUCAUCGGUUCCACGAGUCUGUCACAUACGAGCAUCGGUUUCGAAGGCCACAGCAACCUGAGUGUCAUCCAGGUCGAUGGAGGGCAGUGGACACGGCCAGCAUCAUUCGACAGAAUCCAGCUUGGAUCCGGCCAGAGGUAUGACGUUCUGUUCAAGACCAAGACCAAGGAGGAGCUCAAAGCGGAGGGCAAGUCGUCCUACUUUAUUCAGUUCGAGACAAAAGACAGGCCGUCUUCGUAUCGCGGAUACGGUAUACUGCGGUACGAAAAGUGCGCCCGCCUGCCGAGCUUGCCCACCGAGCCGGUCUUGCGUCUGCCCAACGCCACCUAUGACUGGGGAGAGUACACGCUCCAGCCUCUGCAUCCUGAUCCCAACUUCCCCUCCCUUGCGGAGGUCACUCGCCGUGUUAUUCUUGACGCCCGCCAAAUGAUCAGCAACGAGACUAAGCAGUGGAUCUGGAAGAUGGCGAACCUCUCGUAUACAGACAACGUGACCCAUGUGCCACUCCUCGUUGACAUAUAUCAGAGAGGCGAUGCGGCAGUCCCAGACUACGACGCUGCUAUGCAGAAUCACGGCUGGGAUCCCAAGACCAAAGCCUUUCCCGCCAAGGUGGGCGAAGUGCUGGAGAUUGUGUUUCAGAACACCGGCUCUCUUGCCAACAGCGGAGGUGGUGUCGAUGUACACCCGUUUCACGCUCACGGGCAGCAUUUCUACGAUAUCGGCAGUGGGAACGGGACCUACAACGCGACGGAGAACGAGGUCAAGAUUGUGAAGGCUGGAUACCACCCCGUCCAGAGAGACACGUCCAUGCUGUACAGAUACAUCACAACGACGAAAGCCGGUCUCGAUGCGGGCUGGCGGGCGUGGAGAAUCCGGGUCGACCAGCCGGGGGUGUGGCUCAUCCACUGCCACACCCUGCAGCACAUGAUGAUGGGUAUGCAAACUGUUUGGGUCAUCGGAAACGCGACCGAGAUACAGAAGAUUCCGUUGGAAGAGAGUCAGGGCUAUUUCUACUACGGUGGUGACGUGUACGGCAACGAGACCUUUAAUCCACACUGCUCACACCAGUUUGGCAACACAGACUCUUGUCCUAAGUAA